AUGAUCAUUCGAAUUUCGAAUUUUUUUACACAAUUAUUUAUCAUAUUAUCAAUAUUAAAAUAUAGUUUUUCGGAAACUGAUGAACAUGAUCAAUCAUCAAAUCAACUAUUCAAUAUUCUUGGUACAUUACAACCAUUUCGUUCACAAUUUUGUCAAUUUAAAUUCGAAAAUUGUAUACAAGAUUCUUCCUAUGCCGAUCAACUUGAUAAUGAUUGUAAUAUCUAUUCACGUUUACGUGAUUGUUUUCGUUCAUUACUCGAUGAAACUCAAUGUUUAACAAUUCAACUUAAACGUCAAUAUAAAAAAGCGAAACAAAAUGAAUACGAAUCUUGUGGUAUUGCAUUAUCAUUCGAAUCAAUUAAUUCUUCACUAUAUACUUCUUCAUCAUUAAAAUUAAAUAUGAAUUAUCUAACAGUACAUUUUCUAUUUAUUAUACCUAUUUCAUUAUCAUUUAUUUGA